GUCUAGAAAUUGAGGGAGAACACAAUGUGCUUACACAUGCUCCGAAGUCUUCACACUCCUACAAGAACUGUGUACAUGGCCUUCAGAAGAUGACCAACAAGUACACAUUCUCCAAAAUAUAUGGUCAGGAGACAACCCAGAAGGAGUUCUUCAAUGGCACUAUGCUAGGAAUAGUGAAAAAUUUCAUUGAUGGACAGAACUGUUUAGUGUUUUCCUAUGGAGUCACAAGCUCUGGAAAGACCUACACCAUUCAAGGUGAGCCUCGGGAUGCUGGCAUUCUACCUCGUGCUUUGGAUGUGUUGUUUAACAGCAUCAACAACAAACAUCUCUCCGGGUAUAUCCUGAAACCUAAAAUGUUUAUGGAUGUGGUCAAGCUUACUAAGGAGGAGGCAGAGGAGGAGAGGAGAAGUAAAGAAAAAACUCUCAAGCUGAGUAAUGACGAGGAUCCAGAUGUAAUGAGUUUACUUGGUGACGAUGCAUCAGAUGCGUCACAGCUUACCAACAUUACCACAUGCUCAGAGAGUUCUAAUGCCUCUUUCUUACCAAACAAAGAGUCCCUUGACCCCUCUGAGGCCUUGUUAGCCAUUGAGAGCCGCGUGCGUGAGGAGACAAAAGUGACAGUUGAUGACCAGGGACAAAUCCUAUUCUCUAUUUGGGUCAGCUUUGCCGAGAUCUACAAUGAACAGAUCUUUGAUCUGCUGGUGCCAAUCUCUAAGAAAAAAAAUGCCAGAAGACCAGUGCUUCGGCUCAGUGACGACAGAAAUGGAAGUCCUUAUAUUAAAGGAUUAAAGGAGAUAUGUGUAAAUAAUGCAGAUGAAGCGUACAAGCUCUUGACUAUUGGUAAGAGGAAUCUUCAGACUGCAUGUACAAAACUGAAUCACCAGUCUUCCAGAAGUCACUGUAUAUUUAACAUCAAGAUAAUACGAGUGGUGGACAAGGCUAAUCCUAGGAUGGCUAGAGUCAGCAUGUUAAGUCUUUGUGACCUGGCAGGCUCUGAGAGAUCAGCCAAAACACAGAGUGUGGGAGACCGCCUGAAGGAGGCCGGCAACAUCAACACCUCUCUAAUGACCCUGGGUCGAUGUAUUGAAAUGCUCCGAUACAAUCAGAGCCACAAGGAACAUCCAAAGAUAAUCCCCUUCCGAGAUAGCAAAUUGACCCGCUUAUUUCAGAAUUUCUUCUGUGGACAAGGACGUGUCAACAUGAUUGUCAAUGUGAACCAGUGUGCCAGCAUGUUUGAUGAGACUCAGCAUGUCUUUAAGUUCUCGGCUAUUGCUAAACAGGUGGUAAUCACACAAAAACAAGAUCUAAAAUCACGGCUGCUUCAGUCAGCUAAGAAGACAGCUGACUUGAAGAAGAGAGCAGUCUCUAUCAGCUGGGCCACCCCAGGUCAGUUGAGAGAAUUAAAUAGUGCUGCAGACCAAGGUGCAAGUAUCCCCCUACCAGAGGGCAAUGAAGACGAGGACCUGGAAGAGGAUGACCUGAAUGUGGAGGAGCUUUUGGAGACAAUAAAAGACUUGCAAUCCAAACUGUUAAAAGAGAGGCGAGAGAAGCUGCAGUUAGAAUUAAAGAUCCGUGAUGAGGUGUGCAGCGAGAUGAUGAAGCAGCUGGUGGAGAUUGAGGAUGAGUGCAGUGAGCGUAUCAGAAUGAACGAAGAAGCCACAGAAGAAAUGUAUGAGAAAAGAAUCCAAAUUCUGAUGGAUGCUUAUGAAAAUCAAGGAAAGAAGCAGAGUGAUUUCAUGACAGACAAGGACGAUGAGUGGGUCUCAAGCAUUCUCUUUUAUCAGGAGCAAAUGAAGAAUAAGGAAAAAGAUGCAGAAAUAGAAAGGCUGAGGAAAAAAGUAAAUGAGGCCAAAAUUGAACAGGUUUUGGUCACCGGAAAAUCUAACCAUGAGUCCUCUGACAUGGGGGAUUCAAUUCUUCUGGACACUCUGACCAAACAGCUGGAGGACGUCAAGUCUACUCUCAAGGAAAAGGAUGAAGAAAUAAAGGAGCUUAAUGAGAUGCUUACAGAGGCAGGGGAGACAUUCCAGGCCAAAGAAAAGGAGAUUCAAGAUUUGAAACACUUGCUGGAAGAAGACAAAGCUAAUAAAGCAGAGCAGGUGGCGGAACUUGAAAAGGCCCUGAUUGAAAGCAAGAAGGCCCUGGAGAUGGCAGACCAGAAGAUAAAGUCCCGAGAUGAAACUGUAGAGACAACAAGAAGGACAUUACAAGAUGAAGUUGACAGCCUGAAAUCCUCCCUAGAUUCAUGGAAGAUGAAAUUUGAGAAGGAAGAGGAAGAGAGUUUAAAACGAGAACAGGCCUUGAUUAAUGGCUACAAGGCAGAGAUAGCCAAUUUAAAGAAUCAGUUGUCCAUGGUGAAGGCUGAACAUCGACAUAACAGCCCCUGUAAGUCUCCGGCCAAACACAGGAAGCACCAGGAUCAUUUCAUGGAGGACUUGUCAAAACAACUGAAAGAUCUGCAGGAAGAAUUUGACAAAAACUCGGCAGCAACACUGGAGUUAGAGGAGGCUCUUCAUAAGACAAAACAGACAAAUGAAGAACUGGAAGUUAAGCUCUCUAAGCAGUCUGAAGAGAAUGAAACAGCUCAAGCAAAGAUUGAUGAACUAGGAAGAAAAUGUGAAGAACUAGAAUCUAGAGUACUUAAUCUGCAAAGUGAAAAGGAAGAGGCUGUCAAAAAAGUGGAAGAGGUAAAAGAGAAUAAAGAAAAAACUACAGCUUCAGAGGAAGACAUUGAAAGCUUAAAAUCUAAAGUAGCUGAAAAAGAUCUGGAGAUUGCAGAAUUGAAGGAGCAGACAAAUAAGCUGAAUGUGUCAAUGGGAAGAGACUUGCAAUUUCAACUUGAUGAGGCAAACAUAGAGAUUUCACAGCUUCAGAGUAAUUGUGCAAAACUAGAACGCAAAGCAGUGAAUCUAGAAAAACUUUAUAAAGAGAAAACAAAGCAAAAUAUGGAACUAAAUGAUGAAUUGAACAAAAUGAAAGUAGCAAAGGAAAUGCUAGAGGAAGACUUACAGGAUCAGGAGGAAACAGAGGAAAAAAUGGCAGAAAUGUCAAAGGAAAAUGAGGAACUGAAGCAAAGGGUGGAGGAACUGGAAACAGAGUUAAAACAGCAGCAGGGUAACUCGGAGGAAAGGUUUCUCAACAUUCAAAAGGAGAAUGCAGACUUACAAGAGAAAAUGGAGAAACUAAAGGAAGAUGUCACCAAAGAGGAACAUGUUAGCAGUGCACUGAAAUCUGAACUGGAAAGUGCAACAACUAGACUAAAAAACCUAGAGAAAAUCUGUGAGACACAAGAAAAGAAUGAGAAGAUGAUGAAAGAUAUGGAUGAUAAAAUUGCCAACUGUCCACAGUGUCAGGAAUGGCAGAAAAAGUAUGACGAAGUUGAAAAAACUUUAGAGACUGUGAAAGGGGAGGUCAAUCAGUUAAGAGAAGAACUAACGUCACUAAGAAGUGACUUGAAAGCUAAAAUUGUGGAAAUUAGUGACUUAGAGGAAAAGUGUGAAAAUGUCAAGUGUGAGCUGGCAAAGAGGGAUCAGACAUUUGUAGAAACUUUAGAAAAACUUGAACAGACAAAAGAUCAGUAUGAUGCAUUUAAACAGGAAAUGGAGAUUCUAAAGGAAAACUUGGAGGAAAAGGAAGGAGAGCUCGAGAGAUUACAAUCAGCUCAGGCAGACAUGAUGGAGCAGCUGAACACUACAAAUGGCCAGGUACACGAGCUCAGUGAUGCUAAAUUAAAAUUUGCAGAAAUGAAAUCCUCUCUUCACAUGCAGAAAACACUAUAUGAAAAGACCAAGGCUGAACUUGUGAGUCUAAAGGAAGAAAAGUGUAAUUUGAUUUCAAAUGAGGAAAAGCUGAAAGAACAGAUAAAGAGUUUAGAACAGAGGACCCAGUGUAUGGAGAGAGAUGGGAAGGAGCUGUCUGGUUUAAAAGCUGAAUUGGCAGAGAUGAAAAAGAACUGUACUGAAUCAGAAGAGAAAUGGAAAAUCCUUCAGGUGGAAAAAACAGAUAUUGAAAAUAAAUAUAAAAAAUUGGAAUAUGAACUCUCAAAAGUUUAUUCAGAAAGAGAAGAGAGGGAUGAUGAAUGUGUGCAGAAGGUCUCGAAACUGGAAACAAAAUUAGAGACCACUGUAAAGAAUAAUGAAGAACUUAAAGACAUUAACAGUACAUUACAGGAGGCGAAAAAUGAUCUUUCAAGGAAAUUGGAAAAUCUUUCACAGGAACUGGCCAAAAAGAAUGAUGUAAUAGACAAUAAAGAGGAAAUGCUAACAGAUUUGCAGCAUAGACUGAAAGAGGCAGAAAACAGUAUAGAGAGGCAGAAUUCCAUUACAUCAGAACUAAAUGAUAUGAAAGCAAAAUUCCAAGAAUUAGAACAAAUCAAAACUGACCUUGAAAAUAAAGUUACUCAAGCUAGUCAAGCUUCAGUCCAGAAAAAUGAUGUCCACAACAGGAAACUCAUUCAGGAGCUGUCAGACUGCCAUAGAAAAAUGGAGGAUCUACAGGAAGCUAAGGAAAGUUUGGAAGAAAAGGUGGAAAACUUAAAAUCAGAAAUAGCUACAUUAUCCAAAGAAACUAAAGAGGAUUCCUGUAGCAUUUGUCCAACAAUCCACAAAGAGCUGGACUUGAGUCAUGGUAGGGAACAGACAUUGAAGAAGCAGCUCCAGACUGCUGGGGAGAACAUCGGGGAGCUAAACAACAAAAUCUGUGACCUAGAGGAUCAGGUGUCACAACUUAACCAGAAAAUCCAAGAAGCAGAGGACAAAAAUGUACAUCAGGAGCCCAGAUUGAGCAUGCCUGGUAAUUCGGUUGACCUUGACAAUCUACGGGACGAGCUGACCCAGAAGUUGGAUAUGAUACGAGAACUACAAGGAGAGUUGGUGAGGAAGGACAGCAGACUUCAGACGGAGAAGAUGAAGUACAAACAGUUACUGGAGGAACGGAGUGAUGAACACAGGCGAUACGAGGCAGCAAUGAAAGAUGCCACAGCUAAUGAGGAAUGUAUUGCUGUGUUAAAGACAGCCCUGGCAGAACAAGAAGAGACUAUGGAACACCAGGACACAUUGAUACAGCAACAUGAGAAAAAUAUUGAAAAAUCACAAAAAGAAUGUGAGAAAUACAUGAACAUGUACCAGUCUCUUUUGUCUACCACUAACACAAGCAGUGUAGAAAUCCGUGACCUGAGCAAGAAAGUUUGUGAUCUCUCUGUGGAAAUUGAGCGGGUGAGAAGUGAGAAAAAAGACCUUGAGAAUAAAAUCUCAUCGUUGAAGAAACAAGAGGCCGAACACCAGCAUCUAACCCAGGAAAACUUGUCACUGAGAGAAACCAAGAGUGCUGUGAAAGAUUUGAAAGACAAGUUGUCUCAAGUUAGGGAAGAGAAGGAAAGUCUACAGACCACACUGAAGAGUGUGACAACUCAGGUGGAAAGUUUACAGCAGGAGAAGCGAAUUUUGGAAGAUAAACUUGACAAAACCCAAGAGAGAGAUUCCAUGAGUGACAAGAAGCUGGAGGAUAUGACUGCUAGGUUAUCUGAAGUUGAGGUUAGGUACAGCAAGAGAGAGAAUGAGUUCAAGGCACUGAGGGAACAGAAAGGAAAACUGGAGGCCAUCUUGAAAGAGAACAAUGCAGAGAUAAAGGAUUUAGAAAAAUCACUAUUAGAAACAAGAGCUGAGUGUGAAGCUCUGAAAUCAGAUGCUAAAAAGGAGGUCAGGGAUCAGCUAAGUGGAAUACAGAAAGAACACGAGGCAGCUAUGGCAGAUAUGAAAGUCAAAAUCAGGGAAAAAGACCACAGUUUGCGGAAUGGCAGUAAGCAAAUUCGUCAACUUGAAGAUGAAGUGAAAGAGCUUGUAGAGAAAAAUAAGGACAAAGAUAUUCAAAUGAAGGCUUGGAAAGAAGAAAAAGAUAAACUAGUUUCCUCCCUGUCGGAAAUAAUUGAAAAACAAAAGGAGGAUAAAGAAAAAGUGAAAGAACUUGAAAAGGAAAAGUCUCAUCUGGAAGCUUUGGUUCGGGACCAGAUAGAAACCAUAAAACAACUUACUUCAUCUGGAUCAUCUAUAUCAUCUGCUAGGAGAUCCAGAUUGAGAAAUACCUCUGUGUCAUCAGAUGUAUCUAAUUUAGAUAUGAGUGAAACUCCACUGCGCAGGACUUCCACUCGGAGGGGAAGAAAGAGGAGGUCAUACUCUAUGCCUGAUAUUGAAACACCUGCUUCAAAGAAGAAGGACAGUGAUGUCUCGCUGUUGUCUGAGGAUGUAGGAGAUGAAAGGGAGAGGAUCCAAAUUGAUGCCACACCACCUGUAGCUGCCAAAACUUUACGCAGGACAAGGAAGAAACCAAGAUCUUCAACCGACCUCCUCAGGGAGGAGGCAAAAGAGUCGUCGAUGUCCAAAGCUGCUGAUAAAGAAAAUAAAUCAAUGAAGAAAAUUGGAUCCCUUCUGUCUGCUCUGAAGAAGUCUCCAGUUUCAAAAUCAGCCAAGAAACACCUGGCUGAAAUCAAAGAAAUGCCCUCACCAAACCACAACCUGGGGUCCUCGCUUGUGGAAGUGGAGGAUUGUGGGACACAGAUGUCGGCAGAAAAAGUCAAAGAACCCUCCUCCCGUAAAAAAUCUCGCCAUGCAUUAUACAAAGAGCCACUACAAAUAUCAGAGCCACUAGAUUGUGGGCAGUUCAUUCACACUACUCCAGAGGAGAACAUACAUGAAACGGUAAAGAAAAGGCUACGGGGACGACCCAGGAAGUGAACCAUGGAUGCUGUCUAUAAAUGUGCCAAACAAUUUUACUCUUCAUUGCCAAAUUCCACUUAACUGUGACUUUUACAACUUUUACAUGUAUGUAUAAAAGACAGUUUUUGUUUUAGAUGCAGAAUUCAAGAGUUAACUUGUUUAGUGGGUGGAGAACGUUGAACAGAUGUUAUCCUUUCCUUUUAAUAUCCAACAAUACAGGGUCUGUCACAUACAUGCAUUUUUUCUUCGGCCACUUUAGUUUUCUUAAAAAAAUACAUGACUGUAAAGAAAUUGAUUCCAGAUGUUAAAAAAAAAAAACAUUCUGUGAAUGUACGGAAUUGGCCAUCAUUUUACACAAAACUACAAGCUGGAAUAUGUAGCGAAAUGCAGUACAUGUAAAUUAUACUUGAAUCUAUUUUUAUUAGUUUAUUUAUUUUGUUUAACCACCAUCAUUCCAACUUUGUAAAAUGUUAUUUUUGAGAUGUUUUGCUUGAAAGAAUAUUUGUUUUCAUGGGCAUUUAUACUUUAAGAAUUUGUCAAAAUUUGUAUGAAUUUGAUUUGAAUG